CUUGCGAUUUGUAAGUUGUAAAUUUGUAACUCUAUCCGCUGCUCAUUUAAAAAAAAAAAUAAAAUAAAAAAAAAAAGUGAAGAAGGCUUUAUCCGCUUGCUUACACGCUAUACCUGCUUCGUCCAGUCUAGUCUCGCCUACUUUCUUCCUCGUUUUCUUCACUCAUGGCGAUUUCACUCUCUUCCGCUACAAUUUCAGGUGGUUCUAACCUCAAGACAUGCGAGCUUCCGUUCUCAAGAUGCAGCUCUUUGGGGAAAACGGUAACAAUUGCAAUCCCCAUAAAGUUAAAGGAAUCGAGAACACGGCAGAAGUUUUCUAUUUGUGCACAGUACAGCAAUUCUGACAGAGGCGGAAGUGGUGGUGAUUUUGUUGCUGGUUUUCUUCUUGGUAGUGCAGUGUUUGGGACUCUAGCAUAUAUUUUUGCUCCACAGAUCAGAAGAUCGCUGCUGAAUGAAGAUGAAUAUGGUUUUCGAAAGGCCAGGAAACCAAUAUAUUAUGAUGAUGAAGGCCUAGAGAAGACCCGACAAACCCUCAAUUCUAAAUUGAGCCAACUGAAUGCUGCUAUCGACAAUGUAUCUGCUCGUCUGCGAGGUGGAAAUAAUACUUCGGUGCCUGCUGAGUCUGACCCAGAAGUGGAAGCAAUGCUAUAAAGUUCGGUUGUUUUUGACGGUCAGAGAGAGUUGUGUGACCAUUGAUGAUAUUGUUGGUUGUUAGCUUUAGUGAGAAUGCAACCAUGAUUUGCUGUCGAGGUCUUGCAGAUGCAGACCCAUACCCAUAUAUGAUAUAAACCAUAAAGUUUCGUCAUUUCUUCUCAUCUAUGGUCUUUGUGGAUAUGUUUAUCUUGCAUAUUCAUGUUUUAUGGUCUCUUCGUAUUAAUUUGUGAUAGAUUUGCUACUCUGCACAAAGUAACAUCUAUUGAAUGAGAUUCUUGUGGAA